AUGAAGUUUCUCGCCUGUGUCGCAGCGAUCGUAGCCACCAUUGCGUCUGGCCAAACGCUCAACGGACAGUCCCCCAUCGACUUGCCCGUCAACAUUAAGGCACAGCCGAACAACGGCAAGUUUGCCGUCGACUUUAACAAAGCCCCUGCUGUGGUGCUACACGACGAUCACACGGUCAAGGUAACGUGGUCGGCUGGCCUCGACUCGCACUUGACCCUCAACGGGAACGUGUACAAAUCGGUGCAACUGCACCCCCACUCCCCCAGUGAACACACCCUUGGGGGGAAGCAGUACCCGUUCGAAGUGCACUUUGUACACGCCGACAAGAACAAGAACCUGGCCGUCGUUGGAAUCUUCUUUGACUUGGACCCACAGAACAAACCUAACAAGUUCCUCGAUCAAAUGUUCCGUGGAUUUAGCCAGCUCCACAAUCCCGGCGACAGCUACAACAUCACCAACUUGAACCCUGGCUCGUUGGAUGUCGACGAAAGCAACGUGUACCGGUACUCGGGGUCGCUCACUACGCCCCCGUACACGGAAGGCGUCGAGUGGAAUGUGUUGCAAGAGGUGCAGACCUUGUCCAAGGAGCAACUGACGGCGUGGUUCAAUGUGAUUCAUCACCCCAACGCCCGCCCCGUGCAGGCACUGAAUGGUCGUUCGGUCACGUUGAUUCAAGCGGCCGAUGACUAA